GAUGGUUGCCUUUACCGACUCUUCAAUGCAACACGGCCUGUAGACCACUUUCUGAAUAGACUGGGUGUCCCUGACGAUUUCACCAUGCUCAAUAUCAACAACGACCUGCACCGACAUACGGAAGAGCAGUACCUACAACCUGGGCCAGUCUGCACGACGUCUACGACAUGGACGAAGGUGGAUAUGGGAGCUUCAGGGUCGGCACCGCAGGUCGGCGUUGACCUAUCCUACAAGUUCAGCUGUGUUGGUGACCGCGAAGCGAUCACAGUCCUCCGUAACAACGCUAUGUUCGUAGCCGGGCCUGUCGAGAUUGCAUCUGCCAGCAUCACGCGUCCUGGGAGGCAUUUGUGCGAAAGCAGAGGUUGGCACAUCCAUGGCUCUGAGCUCAUGCUCGUGUAUGGCUGCGUGAAGACGUCCGCAUGGGCCCUCGCAGUGUAUGUAGUCCACAGCACGGAACACGACAUCUCGCUUUCCAUGUCUGCCGGCAGCUUUGCAUCCGUGCAUGCCGACGCAAAGUCUCACGAGGAGGUGAAGAUGUCGAUGGAGGAGUGGGGUGAACAGGAGCGAUCUAUUUCUGCGCCGAAGGAUCAAUGUUUGUUCCUCUCGUAUUAUAAACUGAAGCGUAGGAGAAUCGGUGCUCUGAAGCUUCAAGGGGACGCGACACUCAAGGAUGUGUCCAUCGCCCUGGACAGCUAA